GACAGAGGAGAGGAUGGAUAGGGGUUCAGAAACCAGGACAGAGAGGGAGGAGAGGAGGGAUAGGGGUUCAGAAACCAGGACAGAGACAGAGACAGAGACAGAGACAGAGACAGAGGAGAGGAGUAGACAUGUUGGCAUCUUGCAGGUGGUUGACACCGGUGAGACAGACUCUCACCAUGAUGACCCUGAGGUCUCCACCGGCCAAUCAGACACUCCCCAAGGAGAGGACCAGACACUGAACACUCUGACUGAGACUCUCAUACACUUAGCCCCCACUCCCACUGCCCACCAAACACCAACGCACUACACACCUUCCACUGAAUCAGAGACCGAGAGACCGGAGGACAAGGAGGAGGAGGAGGAGGAGGUGGAGCAAGAGGAAGAGAACCACUCAGAUACUGAGCCCCAAGAGAAAGAAAAGACAGGCCCCAUUCAGCCAGAGGAACCUGUGUUAAAAUACUGUUCCGUGGACAAGCCAUCCACUGAAACUAACCACAGAGACCCAGAACUACAACAGACCCCAGCAGUGAUGUUCCCAGCCCAGUUAACCCAGUCCCCAGCCCAGUUAACCCAGUCCCCAGCCCAGCUAACCAGGUCCUACUCCCAGUCCAGCCAGUGCUCCCAGUCUUCAGUCUUUCCUAAGUCCCAGACACUGACAGAGGCCCACAACAUCAAUGCUGCUGUCCUCAGUUCUGGGGUGCUCUGUCUGCCUGGAACAAGAGAUAGGGGAGGUCGAGCCCUGGUGACCGUGACCACGAGGAACACCGGCUGGUUGAACCCAAGCUGUGACUGUGGAGAACUGGUCAGAAUCCUGGUCUACUACUACACAAUGCUCAGGAAGGAGGUGCGUUCCCUAGGGUUGACAGUCGUGGUGGACUCUCGGCGGUGCUCCCCUGUCCCCGCUCUGUUCAGCGCCUUCAACAUACUUCAGGUCACUGCUAACAAUGACAGUUGA